CGUCAUAGCCCCGACAGGUAUAAAAUUUAGACCCGCGAAUUCGGGAGCGUGACAUUACUGAGCUCACAAAUCUCGCAAUGAUGUUCAAGUGGUUGAAAAAACUUAUCGUGGGGAAAAAGUCCCGCAGGAAGGAGGAGAUGCAGCGAAAACAGCUGGAGCUGCAGCUGAAAGUGAAGGAGAUGGAGCUGCAGAUGCAGCAGAAAGAGAAGGAGAUGGAGCUGCAGAUGCAACAGAAAGAGAAGGAGAUGGAGCUGCUGGUGCAGCAGAAAGAGAAGGAGAUGCAGCAGAAAGAGAAGGAGAUGAAACUGCAGGUGCAGCAGAAAGAGAAGGAGAUGGAGCUGCAGGUCCAGCAGAAAGAGAAGGAGAUGCAGCAGAAAGAGAAGGAGAUGAAGCUGCAGGUGCAGCAGAAAGAGAAGGAGAUGAAGCUGCAGGUGCAGCAGAAAGAGAAGGAGAUGGAGCUGCAGGUCCAGCAGAAAGAGAAGGAGAUGCAGCAGAAAGAGAAGGAGAUGAAGCUGCAGGUGCAGCAGAAAGAGAAGGAGAUGAAGCUGCAGGUGCAGCAGAAAGAGAAGGAGAUGGAGCUGCAGGUCCAGCAGAAAGAGAAGGAGAUGCAGCAGAAAGAGAAGGAGCUGGAGCUUCAGAUGCUGCAGAAAGAGAAGGAGAUGAAGCUGCAGGUCCAGCAGAAAGAGAAGGAGAUGCAGCAGAAAGAGAAGGAGAUGAAGCUGCAGGUGCAGCAGAAAGAGAAGGAGAUGAAGCUGCAGGUGCAGCAGAAAGAGAAGGAGAUGGAGCUGCAGGUCCAGCAGAAAGAGAAGGAGAUGCAGCAGAAAGAGAAGGAGCUGGAGCUUCAGAUGCUGCAGAAAGAGAAGGAGAUGCGGCUGCUGAAAGAGAAGAUGCAGCAGAAAGAGAAGGAGAUGCGGCUGCUGAAAGAGGAGAUGCAGCAGAAAGAGAAGAAGAUGCUGCAGACAUCUGGAGAUGCAGCUAAAGAAUGGACAAUGGUUGAGAUAAUGAUGAAAGGGGUACAGGAAUAUUGGAAUACUGUUUAAGAACAAUUGGUACUUUUGGAGCAGUCCUGCUGGGAAAAAAAAACUGCAUCUCCAUAAAAGUUGUCAGUAGCAGAGGGAAGCAUGAAGUGCUGUAAGAUUUUGUGGGAAAACAAAAGUGCACUGACUUUAGACUUGAUAAUAAAACACAGUGGAUCAACACCAGCAUAUGACAUGGCUCUCCAAACAAACCAUCACUGAUCAUCAGUAAAUUUUACAUUUCAUUUGUAAAUCAAGGGAGCAGAGUCUGGUGGAAGAGUGGAGUCCAAACACACACAGUCAAAACUGCUCGAGGUGUAGUGUGAAGUUUUCACCAAUCUGUGAUGGUUUGGAGAUGCAGAUUUCAUUUUCCAGCAGCACUUGGCACACUGCCCACACUACCAAAAGUACCAAUAGGUGUUAUAAAAUAUUCUCUAAAUUUUCCGAGACACAGAUUCUUUGGUUUCAUUGGCUGUAAUCCAUAAUCAUCAAGAAUAAAAUAAAUAAAUGAUAAAAAUAGAUCA